AUGGUCAACAAGACCUUAACGUACUGGGGUGCCGCCUUCGAGGAGGACCUUAUCAACAUCAACGUGGGAGGGCUGCGGCGGCGGCUGAGCCCCAGCGCUCUCUCCAAGUUCCCUGACACGCGCCUGGGCCGCCUGCUGUCCUGUGACUCGGAGGAGUCCAUCCUGCAGCUCUGCGAUGACUACGAUGUGAGCGCACGGGAGUUCUACUUUGACCGCAACCCUGGCUUCUUCCUCUACGUGCUGCACUUCUACCAGACGGGCAAGCUGCACGUGAUGGACGAGCUGUGCGUCUUCUCCUUCUGCCAGGAGAUCGAGUACUGGGGCAUCAACGAGUUCUUCCUGGACUCGUGCUGCAGCUACCGCUACCACGAGCGCAAGCUGGAGGGCCGGCACCACACCUGGGAUGAGGAGAGCGAGGUGAGCAGCGUGGACACGUCGCCCGAUGAGAUCUCAGACAUCAACCACGAGCUGCUGCGCUACAGCACGCUGCGCUGCGGCACGGCGCGCAAGCGGCUCUGGCUCACCAUGGAGAACCCCGGCUACUCCAUCCCCAGCAAGCUGUUCAGUUUUGUGUCCAUCAGCGUGGUGCUGGUGUCCAUUGCCACCAUGUGCAUCCACAGCAUGCCCGAGUACCAGAGGGUGGACGAGAGCGGCGCCGUGCUCGACGAGCCCGUCCUGCACAAACUGGAGUACUUCUGCAUCUCCUGGUUCACCUUCGAGGUGUCCUCCCGCCUCCUGCUCUCCCCCAACCCCAAGAAGUUCUUCAAGCACCCGCUCAACCUCAUCGACAUCGUCUCGGUGCUGCCCUUCUACUUCACGCUGCUGGUGGACGUGACGGCGGGCAGCGACUCGGAGCUGGGCAACCUGGGUAAAGUGGUGCAGGUCUUCCGGCUGAUGCGCAUCUUCCGCGUGCUGAAGCUGGCGCGGCACUCCACCGGGCUGCGGUCGCUGGGAGCCACUCUGAAGCACAGCUACCGGGAGGUGGGGAUUCUGCUGCUCUACCUGGCUGUGGGGGUGUCUGUCUUCUCCGGCAUAGCCUACACCGCAGAGAAGGAGGAGGAUGUUGGCUUUGACACCAUCCCAGCAUGCUGGUGGUGGGGCACAGUCAGCAUGACCACGGUGGGGUACGGUGACGUGGUGCCUGUCACUGUGGCAGGGAAGCUGGCCGCCUCAGGCUGCAUCCUGGGCGGCAUCCUGGUUGUGGCACUGCCCAUCACCAUCAUCUUCAACAAGUUCUCCCACUUCUACCGCAAGCAAAAGGCACUGGAGGCCGCCGUGAGGAACAGUGAGAAGAAGCAGCCCGAGGAGGUGGAGAGUGAGCAGGACUCAGAGGUGCUGAGCGAGAGCUCCCUGGGGAGGGGCAGCCCCGACCGCCGCAGCCUCACACCCGGUGCCCUCCCCGCUCCCUGA